AUGAUGCUGCAGGAACAGGCUCGCCAGCAGGCAGAACAGGCUCGCAAGCAGGUGGAACAGGUCCGUCGGUUGGAAGAGCAGCUGCGGGGCAGACAGGAUGAACAGGCCCGCCGACAUGAGGAACAGGCCCGUCGGUUGGAAGAGCAGAUGUUUCUCAUGAAGGACCUUCACGCUACCUUCGGGAAGGAGAUAAAGGAGGUGAAGAAUAGGGUUGCUCAGCAUGACAACCGCCUGUCGGAAGCUGAAACCCAAAUCGCGAAAGCGGAAACCGGAAUCGAGAAAGUUGAAACCCGAAUCGACAAAGUGAAAAUCGGGUUGACAACUGACGUGAAGAAAAUGCUGAACGACCUCAAACUUGGCGAUGGAACUACAGCUCUCGUAGUAGCUACAACACCUUCGGUACGUGGAUUCAAAGUGCCGCCGUUCGACGGGACUUCUUCGUGGUCGGCCUACAAAAUCCAGUUCGAGGCCGUCAUGGAGGCGAACGGCUGGAAUAAAAGCCAGGCCAUGAAUGCACUCACCCUAGCAGCUCCUUGA